AUGGCGUCCGACUCCGCCGGCGACUUCCCAAACGACGGCAACUUAGAAACCCUAAACCUCAAUUCUGCAGAACUCUACUCAUCAGCACUUCCCUCCUCCGUCCCUACCCCCUCCCCGAAACCACCGUUCUCUCCUCUCUCAAUCCCUCAAUCAAAACUCAUUCCCAAAACAAACUUCAUCGUCGACUCCUUCCGCUCCUCCUCCGAUCCCUCCUCCGUCGCUUUCUUCCUCUCACACUUCCACUCCGAUCACUACUCCGGCCUCUCCUCUUCCUGGUCCCGAGGAAUCAUCUUCUCCUCCCACAUAACCGCACGCCUCGUCACACAAAUCCUCCAAGUCUCGCCACAGUUCGUCUUCCCUCUACCUAUGAACCAAAAGGUUAUCAUCGAUGGCUCGGAAGUUGUUCUCAUCGACGCGAAUCACUGCCCUGGAGCUGUACAGUUCCUCUUCAAAACCAACGAUGGUUCCGAAAAGUAUAUUCACACGGGAGAUUUCAGAUUCUGCGAUUCGAUGAGAUCAGAUCCGUUUCUAAAUGGUUUCAUUGGCUGCGACGGUGUUUUUCUUGACACUACUUAUUGCAACCCUAAGUUUAUAUUCCCAACGCAACAAGAGUCUGUUGAUUAUGUGAUAAGUGUGAUAGAUAAGAUUGAUAAAGAAUCUAAGGACGAAACGGAGAGAAAGGUUUUGUUUCUUGUUGCUACUUAUGUCAUUGGUAAAGAGAAGAUUUUAAUUGAGAUUUCUAAGAGAUGUAAGAGGAAGAUCUUUGUGGACGCGAGGAAGAUGUCGAUUUUGAAUGUCUUGGGGUGUGGAGAGAGUGGGAUGUUUACUGAGGAUGAGAAAGAGAGUGAUGUUCAUGUUGUGGGAUGGAAUGUGUUGGGUGAGACAUGGCCGUAUUUUCGCCCCAAUUUCGUGAAGAUGAAUGAGAUUAUGGUUGAGAGAGGGUAUGAUAAGGUUGUAGGUUUUGUGCCUACAGGGUGGACUUAUGAAGUGAAGAGGAAUAAGUUUGCUGUGAAGGUUAAAGAUUCUAUGGAGAUUCAUCUUGUUCCGUAUAGUGAGCAUUCGAAUUAUGAUGAGCUUAGGGAGUAUAUUAAGUUGUUGAAGCCUAAAAGAGUUAUUCCUACUGUUGGUGUUGAUGUUGAGAAGAUGGAUAGCAGGGAGGUUUAUAAAAUGCAGAAGCAUUUUUCGGGACUUGUUGAUGAAAUGGCUAACAAGAAAGAGUUUUUAUUGGGGUUCUAUCGCCAGUCUGACAAGAAGAGUGAGAAGGAUAACAUAGAUGUUGGAGAAGACAGUGGAAGUAACGCUCCAAGAGGUGAUUCUUUGGUGACUGAAAGAUUACUGACAGAACUACGUGAUUCUUUGCCUGCUUGGGUCAACGAAGAGCAGAUGUUAGAUUUCAUUAACAAACAUGCUGGUAACCCUGUAGAUAUAGUAAGUAACUUCUAUGAAUGCGAAGCAGAAUUUUACAAGCAAUCCUCUAUUGCUACGUCUUCCUUGGAGAAUCAAGCUGUUCUGGUUGAUGACGAUGGAACCGACUUGCAGCCAAUUCCUGCUAAGAGCACUUCGUCAGAUUGUCAAGCAAGUCAAAAAGAUUUUGCCUUACCAAGCAAAGUUGGUUUAACAAAGGGUAUUGUUUCUCCCGGGAAAAGGACCAAAAGCACUAGCAAUAAGUCAAACAAGAAGGCCAAGAAAGAUCCAAAGUCGAAACCAGUUGGUCCAGUGCAGUCAACCAUAACUAAGUUCUUUGAUAAGGUAUUGGAUAGUGGAUCUACUUCUGUUAGUGUUGGUUCAGAGACUGAAGAAUACAAUACAGAUGAAAAGAUGGUCCCCAAUGAUGCUAAAGAAGCAUACAAAGAAGUAACAAAUCAGUUUAUUGACAUUGUUCAUGGUUCUGAGUCUUUAAGAGAUUAUGUUGCUUCCAUCAUUGAUGAGGCUAAAGGAGAUAUAAAUAGGGCACUGGACAUCUAUUACAGUAAGUCCAGUGAAAUACCUGGUGAACAUGCAGGUGAGGGCUUUAGCAAAUCAAAUAACUUUCCGCAAUCGUCAGAAGCGUGCUCCUCCAUGGAGAACAAAACGACGUCAGAAAAGUCAGGACAUGCGUUGAAUUUAUGUGAACAGACAUCAGCGAAAGAAAUUGUAGACAAAGAUUAUGUAUCUCUACCUCCUGAAAAAUAUAAGCCUAAAGAACACGCUUGUUGGAGGGAUGGACAGCCUGCUCCAUAUAUUCACCUUGUCCGGACAUUUGCUUCCGUGGAAGGUGAAAAGGGCAAGAUCAAAGCUAUGUCUAUGCUUUGCAACAUGUUUAGAAGCAUGUUGGCUCUCUCUCCAGAAGAUGUGCUGCCCGCUGUUUAUCUUUGCACAAAUAAGAUUGCCCCUGACCAUGAGAAUAUUGAGCUCAACAUUGGUGGAAGUCUGAUCUCUGCUGCAUUGGAAGAAGCAUGCGGAAUAAGUCGGUCUACUAUGAGGGAGAUGUAUAAUAGAUUGGGAGAUCUUGGUAAAGAAAAAUCUAAUGCUCUCACAGUUAACUUAUGGUUAUGUUGUUCCUCUGUGCACCCUGCAAAAACGGGUUUUAUUAUCAAAAUUUUUUUAGGUGACGUUGCUCAGCUGUGCCGACAAACGCAAAAGCUACUAGUUCCUCCACCCCCACUUCUAGUUAGAGAUGUGUUUUCAACUCUACGAAAGAUAAGUGUGCAGUCAGGUACUGGAAGUACUAAGCAAAAGAAAAACCUUAUCGUGAAGCUAAUGCGCUCUUGUAGAGAGAAGGAGAUCAAAUUUCUAGUUAGAACAUUGGCCCGUAAUUUAAGGAUUGGCGCUAUGUUGAGAACCGUUCUACCUGCAUUAGGGCGAGCAAUUGUUAUGAAUUCUUUCUGGAAUUGCCAUAACAAAGAACCAUCAGAAAAUUGUUUCAAAGAGAAACUCGAGGGUGUUUCUGCUGCAGUAGUUGAGGCGUACAAUAUACUUCCUUCUCUGGACGUGGUUGUUCCUUCUCUCAUGCAAAAAGACAUUGAGUUUUCAACAUCAAGUCUCUCAAUGAUCCCAGGGAUACCUAUAAAACCCAUGCUUGCAAAAAUUUCUAACGGGGUUCAAGAUUUUAUCAAGCUUUUCCAAGACAAGGCUUUUACAUGUGAAUACAAGUAUGAUGGCCAGCGCGCCCAGAUCCAUUUGUUACUUGAUGGUACUGUUCGGAUUUUCUCUCGAAAUGGGGAUGAAACUACUUCCAAAUUUCCUGAUCUGGUGGACGUUAUAAAACAGUUUUCUUGCCCUACUGUUGAGACAUUCAUGUUGGACGCAGAGGUUGUUGCAACUGAUAGAAAAAAUGGAAACAAACUCAUGUCAUUCCAAGAGUUAUCAACAAGAGAGAGAGGGAGCAAAGAUGCUUUGGUUACUACAAAAAGUAUUAAGGUUGAAGUCUGCAUCUUUGUAUUUGAUAUUAUGUUCUUCAACGGCGAACAGCUGUUGGCUCUUCCCCUCUAUGAGAGACGAAAACGUCUAAAGGAGGUCUUCCCUGAGACUAGGCCAGGUUUUCUUGAGUAUGCUAAGGAAAUCACUGUGGGAGCAGAAGAAGCGUCACUGAAUAACCAAGACACUUUGUGUAGAAUAAAUGCGUUUCUAGAAGAAGCAUUUCAGUCAUCUUGUGAAGGAAUCAUGGUUAAGUCUUUAGAUGUUGAUGCCGGAUACUGCCCCACAAAGCGUUCUGAUUCAUGGCUCAAGGUGAAGCGAGAUUAUGUAGAUGGAUUAGGUGACACAUUGGAUUUAGUUCCUAUAGGCGCUUGGCAUGGCAACGGGAGAAAAGCGGGCUGGUAUAGUCCAUUCCUCAUGGCCUGCUACAACCCUGAGACUGAGGAAUUCCAGAGUGUCUGCCGUGUCAUGUCCGGGUUUUCUGAUGCCUUUUACAUCGAGAUGAAAGAAUUCUACUCCGAGGAUAAGAUCCUUGCGAAAAAGCCGCCAUACUACAGAACAGGGGAGACACCAGACAUGUGGUUUCCCGCAGAGAUUGUUUGGGAAAUCAGAGGUGCGGAUCUAACCGUCUCACCUGUUCACUGUGCGGCUUUGGGUCUGGUCCAUCCAUCACGAGGCAUCUCUGUUAGGUUUCCGAGAUUUAUCUGUAAAAAGGCGGAUAGGAAUCCGGAGGAAUGCAGCACGGCUGCAGAUAUAGCAGAGAUGUUUCAUGCUCAAACCAGAAAAAUGAACAUCAAUUCUCAACACUAA